GGCAGCUUGGUUGCAACUCGUGAAGCUAGCUAGAAUAUUCUAGCUCAUUCAUGUGUUUGUGUUCGAGAGGGUUUUUAGUGGGUGUUCACUUUUUUGGAAGUCAAAAAGGAGCCGUUUGUCCAUUUAUUCAACACGCUUUUUAGGACUCUUGAAAGCUCUUUCAGUAAACAUCAUGGCAGAAGACAGACAGAACAACAGCAACAGCAGAAGAUAUCCCCAGAACCUUCAGGGGGUCCUGCAGCUGGCAGUAGAGGCUGGCUCCGCUGCAGAGGGACCUGCUCCUGUUCAGCCAAUGUCAGAGGAGAGGAAAGCAUGGCUGAGAGAAGCUCUCGCAGAGGUCUGCAAAGGGCAGAUGGAUGAAGUAGCACAGAUGAAGCAGUGCUUGGAAGUCCUAUGCAAAGACGGAACGGGAGAGAGGGAGAGAGAUGGAGAGGAGGAGAGGGAUGACGAGGAUGAAGAUGAGCGGGAAUCAGCCUUUGAGAUACUGUCAGAGUUGUGUGAGAACCUGGACAAUGCAAGAGACUUGAUGAUUCUGGGUGGACUGGAGUUGUGCGUCUCCCAGUAUCUGUGUCAUGCCCAGAGUGGGUUGAGGUGGCGUGCUGCUGAGCUUAUUGCCUCCUGUGCCCAGAACAUGCCGCAGGUGCAGGUCCACUUGCUAAGCAUUGGGACGUUGCCAAAACUGCUGCAGCUGACAGACUCAGACCCCCACCCCACCGUGAGAGUAAAAGCCCUAUAUGCAGUCUCAUGUCUGAUCCGAGAGCAGGAGGAAGGACUCCAAGCGUUCCUGUCCCACGAUGGCUUCUCAGUGCUGAUGCGAGGCAUGCAGUCGGACAUCGAGAAGCUCAGGACCAAGUCGGCAUUCCUUCUGCUCAACCUGUUGACGUCACAUCCUGAACAGAAAGACACAGUUGUCUCCAUGGGUAUGGCACAGCAGCUGGUUUCCGUGCUCCGUACACCACACUCACCUUUCCACGAACAUGUGCUUGGCGCCCUUUGUUGUUUGGUGGAAGACUGUCCGCAGGGGCUCAAAGACUGCAGGGAACCGUCUCUGGGUCUGGAGGAGUUACUCAGACAGAGAGCCAGAGAGCUCCAAGGAAAAGAAGAAAGUCAGGAAGAACUGGACUUCUGUGAGCGUCUGAGAGUUACGUGUUUCCGUGGGCAGCAGUCAGAGGACAAUGGGAUGGAUCGCUGAACUUUACCUCGCUUGUUUUGGUGUCAGUGUGUUGAGAUGUAACAGAACAUUCACGAUCCGGAUCGUGAAUCUUAAGCAACGUUUUUGUCUGUUACAACAGUCGCAUGUUAUCCAGGUGCUGGAAUUUUACUGUGUAAAUAACUAAUGUAUAAAAUACUUUUUUCAAGUCA